GGUAUAGAGAUGUUCAUAUCUGUGACAUAUGUCUUCCACACAAAGUCUAAAUUGAAGUGGUUUCUUCUAAUUGGAUGGGGACCGCCAGCAACUGUGGUAGCGGUGACCAUCGGAAUAACGCACGACGACGAAUACAAUUCGGAUUUGUAUUGCUGGCUCACCUUUACUAAUGGAGUGAUAUAUUCCUUUAUUGUUCCAGUCGUCUGUAUAAUUGUGGUGAAUCUCAUUAUCCUUGUGAUUGUUAUGAAGGCUCUGUAUUCUUCUCAACUCAUACAGACGAAAACAGAAAAGCAGAAAGUUAUAGCCGGCGUUCGCAGUGUGUCAGUUCUUCUUCCAGUUCUUGGUAUUACGUGGUUAUUCGGGAUAGUAUCAAUUUCGGAUGACCUUGUCGUUUUCCAGUACCUGUUUGCCUUGACUAAUUCAUUACAGGGUUUCUUCAUAUUCCUGUUUUACUGUGUUUUCAACGUACCGUUUCGACAAGCUCUGGCACGAAAUGGGAAAUAUUUUGAUUCGUCACGAACGCAAUCUUUCAGGACAGGAGAAGAAAACUCUGAGGUUGUGAUGAAAUCAUGGAACAACAGCCAAGACUACAGCGACAAACUCACUACUGACACAGAGUUUAAGCUUCCUCGACCGAACAUAAAAUUAUUGGAGGGGAUAAAACCAUUUCCCUCGCCGAAGCGCUUCCCGUCAUUUUCAAAAAUGAACAACUAUGAGACUUCAAUGUGAAAUGCAAAGAACGUAAAUCUUGAUAUCGUUGCUGUUAAAUGCUACAAAAUGCAAAAUGCCCAGCCAUUAACUUGUUAAUCAUACACAAACAAGGGACAUAACUGUGAUAUUUAUACGAUGAACUGGUAUUUGAUGAGUUAAUAUUGUACAUCCUCGCUAAGCCAACACCGAAAUGACAAUGCGUUUUCUUUGUAACGUAGGAAAAUGUGUUACGUGAUAUCAUUUUAGUGGAAAGUAAAAGGAGAGAACUCUUUUAAAGGUUAUAGUAAAAGAAACCAUUGAUAGAACACAAAAGUGAACUUCAGUUGUAAAACUUUUAUAACACAAUAAAAUUUAGGUUUUUAAAGCGGUUUUAAUUUUAAUGCCAAUACAGGACAAAUGACUAAUUUCUGAGUUCAUUUGUAUGAUUGUUUAUGUGAUAAAACAUAUAAGACUUCUAUAAUUCAAUCUUAACAUGUCGUUUAACAAAAUUGUUAACACACUGUAUACAGCUGUGGUUCGGUUCAACCGUUAAAAUGCAUUCACAGCAAAACAAUAACGUAAUACAAUAAACAGAGUGUCCAUGAGCACGGUUUCAUCAUCAAUAGCGGAAUUGGUUUAACUGAUGAUAUUAGCAAACUACCAAACGAGUUUAAUUUUUACA